AUGAGCCCAAAUGUUAAACUCACUGUAAACUUGUUAGGCAAAAGUGUUGAUCCUACUCUCUAUAGAAGCAUGAUAGGUAGUCUCCUGUACCUCACUACUAGUAUAACUGACAUUAGCUACUAUGUUGGUAUGUGUGCAAUAUAUGAAGCCAAUCCUAAAGAGUCUUAUAUUAUUGUGGUCAAGCGUAUCAUUAAAUACGUUAACUCCACAAGUAACUUUGGUGUUUGGUAUGAUACGGACACAAAUGAUGUUUUGGCUGGGUAUUCUAAUGUUGACUGGGCUGGUAAUGUUGAUGAUCGUAAGAUUACUUUUGGUGCAUGUUUCUAUUUGGGAAAUAAUCUUGUCUCAUGGAUGAGUAAGAAUCAAAACUCCAUAUCUUUUUCCACUACUGAGGCUGAAUACAUUGCUAUGAGCAAUUACUGUACUCAGCUUCUUUGGAUGCAGAAACUUUUUUUUGGUUAUGGUAUUUGUUAA